AUGAAGUUCUUCAUCGAUGCUUUCUUCAGACAUCGAUGGUACAGUGGGAAUCACAAACGUGAUGGUCCCUCACUACUUCAGGCGUGGAACGCCUACAUCCAUAAUCUCGAGGAUGUAGGUCGUGACGCUUGGAACGACAAACUUAUCAAAGCUCGUGAUAAGUUUGAAAAGCGAACCCCGACAGGUGCACGCUACAAGCUGCAUCGUCUGUCAAGGGAGAAAGGAUUACCCUGCCUCUCUUGGGGAGACUCGUGCCCAUGUUGUGUGAACAACUCUGCACGAGCACCUAAGGAGGCUUACCUCCUUAAUAGCCCGUGGUGGCGCGUACGUGUCUCUACUGAGAUGUACGAAGGGAUUGACAACCUGAAAUCCCUUUACGACCGUGCCGGGAAGACUUUCUCCGGCGGUCCUUCUGCGGCACAGGAUGUGCCGCGUCGUACUGCUCGACCAGACCCAGUACGUCAACCAUCAAUUGGGAGCGGGGCUCCCAAGAAUCCCAGGACGGGGGAUAGCCGCGCCACCGGACGAGGUAACUCGUCCGACGUCCGUUCACGUCGCGGUGGUUCAACAGCUGCUCUACUAGAUAGCGCUGGCCACCGCGAGAGUCCUCUAAUGGAGGUGGAGGAGGAGGAAAGACGCUCUCCACACGAUCAUGUGGAUCGGUGUGUUCCCGAGAGCUUCUUUGAUCGCGUAACGCAAGGGUUACGCGACGAUCUCGAGCAUGAGCGGAAUAGGCGUCUCCAGAUGGUGGACACUGCCUCGAAGCAUCGAGCUGAGUUUGCCUUUGCUCAGCUUGAGAACGAGAGAUCUCUGACAUCUCUUCGUGACGAGCUAAGGGUAGCUCGUGGGAUUGUUGAUCGGUCUCGGGCUGAGAUAACUGCUCUUCAGACCCUUGUUGAUGCCCACCAUCGGGAGCACAAGGCUCUCUGCGAGAUGCUUGAGCGCAAGGGCGUUCUUCAUCGGAAGAAGCAGCGUACUGAUGGUACGGCUUAA